GGGCCCACGGCUGCCCUCCGCACCUUUGCCUUUAGCCAGUAGUAAAUGUGGUUGCAGGCUUUUCCGCCGGGGAGUGGGGUCAAGGGUUAAGGGUCAAACAAGAUGGCGGCGCCCAGGAGCUGCUGACGCGUGAGGCAGAGGAUGGGACUGGCGGCGCUGGCGGUGGGGGCUCGGCUGGGGCGCUGGCUUAGCCGGCCGGAGCUGGGGCUGGGGCCAUGGCGAGGCCACUGGACAGCGGCCAGCCGCUCGCGGAGCCGGCGCGAGGCGGCAGAGGCCGAGGCAGACGCGCCAGUGUUCCAGUACGUGGGCGAGCGCGCCGCUCGGGUCGACCGCAUCUUCGUGUGGGGCUUCAGCUUUUCCGGGGCGCUGGGCGUGCCCACCUUCGUGCUGCCCAGCUCUGGACCCCAGCCCCGCGCCGGUGUGCGGCCGCGCCGCAGGAUCCAGCCCGUUCCCUACCGCCUGGAGCUGGAUCAAAAGAUUUCAUCAGCUGCUUGUGGCUAUGGGUUCACGUUGCUGUCCUCCAAAACCAAGGAUGUUACGAAAGUUUGGGGUAUGGGACUCAACAAAGAUUCUCAGCUUGGAUUUCACAGGAGCCGGAAAGAUAAAAUGAGGGGAUACGAGUAUGUUCUGGAGCCCUCACCAGUCCCACUGCCUCUGGACAGACCUCAGGAGACACGGGUGCUACAGGUCUCCUGCGGCAGAGCCCACUCUCUGGUCCUCACAGACAACGAAGGGGUCUUCAGCAUGGGAAACAAUUCUUAUGGGCAAUGUGGAAGAAAGGUGGUCGAGAAUGAAAUUUACAGUGAAAGUCACAAAGUCCACAGAAUGCAGGACUUCGAUGGACAAGUGGUCCAGGUCGCCUGUGGUCAGGACCAUAGCCUGUUUCUGACGGAUAAAGGAGAAGUCUAUUCCUGCGGAUGGGGCGCGGAUGGGCAGACAGGUCUGGGUCAUUACAAUAUCACCAGUGCGCCCACCAAGCUGGGGGGAGACCUCGCCAGCGUGAACAUCGUCCAGGUGGCCACCUACGGGGAUUGCUGCCUGGCUGUGUCAGCUGAUGGAGACCUCUUCGGCUGGGGCAACUCUGAGUACCUGCAGCUGGCUUCUGUCACGGACUCCACACAGGUGAACAUUCCCCGGUGCCUGCCCUUCCCAGGAGUGGGCCAGGUGAAGCAGGCUGCAUGUGGCGGGACAGGCUGUGCUGUGCUAAAUGGAGAAGGACAUGUUUUUGUCUGGGGCUAUGGAAUUCUUGGGAAAGGACCAAACCUAGUGGAAACCGCUCUUCCAGAAAUGAUUCCACCCACUCUCUUUGGCUUGACGGAGUUCAACCCAGACGUCCAGGUUUCCCGCAUACGAUGUGGACUCAGCCACUUUGCUGCCCUUACCAACAAAGGAGAGCUGUUUGUAUGGGGUAAGAACAUUCGAGGGUGCCUGGGAAUCGGCCGCCUGGAAGACCAGUAUUUCCCGUGGAGGGUGACGAUGCCCGGGGAGCCCGUGGAUGUGGCGUGUGGUGUGGAUCACAUGGUGACUCUGGCCAAGUCCUUCGUCUGAAUCUCCCACCUGGCCCGCUUGAGCCUGGCCCUGCCUCAGAACCCCUCGGACUACGAAGCAGAGGCAACCAGUGGGGUUUGAUGGGGCGCAGAACAGGUCAGUGCCCUUCGAGAAGUGUGGCACUCUCUCCGACAGCCCCUAGGAGCUACGUACUGGGAGCCCGGGCCGUGGUCCCUGUCGGAGGAGAGCCCUGCUGAAUUCACAUACAACGGCUGCCUUUACCAGGCUGAUGUACGGGAGGUCGAGUCCCAGGGCCGUGUGGCCCCAGCAGGGCAAGGAUGAUUAGAAUGUCUCAGCUCUUUCCAGGGAACAUAGGAUGGUUUCUGGUGUCACUUCUGGCCCAAGAUACUGGUCUUAGGCAAUCUUAGCUCCCGUGGCACGCCAUUGUGUUUGAUCUCUAAAGGAGGCCCGACGGAGCGCAGUGCUCGGGAGGGCUGCUGGGGCCCUGGCAUCGCAGCGGAGGGCGCCCCGCCUGGCUGAGGGAGCCGGCCUGGCUUUGGCCCGGGGUUUUCAUCCAGGUCCCCCUUCCACGCAGCCAUUUCCGGUCAGCUGCCCACAGCCAACCCGCUGCUGGGACACAUGCCGAAAUCCUUUCCUUGGACAGGGAUUCCCCCCCGAAAAUACCGGUGGGCGCCAGCUUGGUACCACAUGGGCUCACAGCUGUCACCACCCUCGUAACUGUUCUUGGUGCCUGGCCUGGAAGUGGGGAGGAGCCCCCACAGGAAGGAGGUCAAGGCCAGACCCUCGUGGGCUGAGGGCUCUGAACACAUCCUGCAAAAGCUGGGCUGGAGUGCCGGCCGUGGAAAAGACAGAGUUGAAAUUGCGGGGAGCAUCUGAGUUACUGUAACCUGUCUUACUCUUUCAAAAAAUAUUUUAAGAAUUGUUUUGGAAUUAAAGUCUAUUUUCUGCCUUUUUA